UGUGAUUUCUACAUAGCCAUGGAUGUGAUAUGCUCAACUUCAUCGAUAUUUAAUUUAGUUGCAAUAUCAAUCGACAGAUACAUUGCUGUGACGCAACCUAUAAAGUACGCCAAGCACAGGAACAGUCGCCGUGUUUGUCUAACAAUUCUACUUGUGUGGGCAAUAUCGGCUGCAAUUGGUUCACCCAUUGUAUUAGGUCUUAACAACACACCUAACCGUGAUCCCGAUUUAUGCGUGUUUUACAAUACGGACUUCAUUGUGUACUCCUCGCUCAGUAGUUUCUACAUACCAUGCAUCAUAAUGGUAUUUUUGUAUUGGAAUAUAUUCAAGGCUCUGCGAAGUCGUGCACGAAAGCAACGUGCUGCUCGAAAACCUCAUCUAUCAGAGCUUACGGCCGGGAGCGUUAUAGAGAACAUAGCACAAACACGAAGAUUGGCAGAAACUGCACUGGACAGCAGUAGGCAUACAAGCCGCAUUAUGCCUGAUGAACCUGCGACAAAUACCGCAUCCGGGUCAAACGAAGAGGAAGAUGAGAAUGCUAUUUCGCCAGAUAUUGAUGAUUGUCACGUUAUUGUAAACGACAAGUCUACCGAAUUUAUGCUAGCAACGGUUGUAGAGGAGACUGGCAAUGUUGUCGCGCAAAUCACCACACAACCACAAUUAGUCGUGGCUGACCCAAAUGGCGCAGCUGAUUCAUCGCCACCAGAUAGUCCCGUGGCUAGUGGAACAUUGAAACGGUCAAGUGUGAGCAGCAGACGAAACACAGUUGAGGGAUCACCAAGAAUGGAACCGCCUCUUAGCGUUGCUAUGAAACCAUUGUCCUUCGUACGAUAUGGUGUCCAGGAGGCCAUGACACUUGCACGCAACGACUCCACACUAUCAGCAACAUCGAAAACUUCCUCUCGCAAGGAUAAAAAAAACUCACAGGCAUCAAGAUUUACGAUUUAUAAGGUGCAUAAGGCGUCGAAAAAGAAACGCGAAAAAUCGUCAGCUAAAAAGGAGCGGAAAGCAACAAAAACACUUGCCAUCGUCCUGGGUGUUUUUCUGUUUUGUUGGGUUCCCUUCUUCACCUGCAAUAUAAUGGACGCAAUGUGCGCGAAAUUCGAUAAGGACUGUAGGCCCGGCGUUACUGCUUUCAUUCUUACCACCUGGCUCGGCUACAUCAACAGCUUUGUGAAUCCGGUCAUUUACACAAUUUUCAACCCCGAAUUUAGGAAGGCAUUUAAGAAAAUAAUGCAUUUGGGGUGAUUACGAGCAGAAUAUCAUAAAUUUGUAAUCAAAAACCAAAACCAUAGAUACAAUAACUACAAAAUAUAUCUAAAACAUUAUUAUGAAACUUGCAUUCAAGGACUUAUUCUAAUCGUUUGUAAUUAGUAACUAAUUAUUCCAAUUAAGUAAAAAUUUAAGUAUUAA